CGCAAGCAUGUGCAGACGUUAUGAGUCUCGCCAAGGCGGCAAGAAAACGAAACCUUGGUCCUCUUCACCCUUCCUUCAAUGUGAUGAAAAUAAUAAGAGGUGGCCUCUGCAGAAAUCUCCCAGAAAACUGCUAUCAGUUGUUAUCGGAGAAACUUUCCAUUUCACUGACGAGAGUCUCUGAUGGUGAAAACGUGUUGAUAUCCGAUUUUAAUUCUAAAGAAGAAGUUGUGCAGGCCUUGCUUUGUAGUUCAUUUGUACCUAUAUAUUGUGGCCUCAUCCCACCUUCAUUUAGAGGGGUGCGCUACGUGGAUGGUGGCUUAAGUGACAACUUACCUCAGUAUAACUUGAAGAAUACCAUAACAGUUUCUCCUUUCUCUGGGGAAUGUGACAUUUGUCCCAAGGGCAGCUCCGUAAACUUCCACGAAAUGAAUCUAACCAACACCAGCAUUCAGUUUAGCUUAGGGAACUUGUAUCGUUUAAUUCAAGCACUUUUUCCUCCAGAGCCCCAGGCGCUAGCUGAGCUCUGUGAACAAGGAUAUUCAGAUACUCUUAGAUUUUUGAAAGAAAAUGGUUUGCUGCAGGAAUCCGUUUCCACUGACUUAGCCUUAACAAAGCAGGAUCAUCAGGGAUGUGCACAGAUCUCAGGCUACGCUGAUAAAAAAAAUGCAGCAAAUGAAGACAAAAAAGAGAUGCGAGAAGAAGAAAUAUUUAUUGAUCAGCUAAAAUUAACUUCUUGGCCAUUGGAUAGGACUAUCUUUGAGAAGCUGCCUCCUAGACUACAAAAAGCAUUACAAGAGGCUUGUAAAGAAAAAAGUGGACUCUAUGCUCAACUUUCAAAAUUUCUUCCCGUGCGGUUAAUGUCCUACAUGAUGUUACCAUACACUUUGCCAGUUGAAUCCGCCUACUUUGUGGCCUUAAGAUUAGUCCAGUGGUUUCCUGACAUCCCUGAGGAUGUGCGAUGGCUGCAGGGGCAGCUUUACCAAGUUAUGGGUGCGGUCUGUUGCAGAGCAAGAAAGGGGCUCCUGAAGGCCCCUAGCAAAGUCAGUGAAACGUUGCUUAGAAAAUGCCAGACGGCCCCAGGGGAGGCCUGCCCUCAUCCUCCCUACAGGCCUCCUAAAGCCUCCUACUCUUUCCCCGGUCUUGAAGGAUGGCUCUGGGAUCCCCCCUGCCGCGAAGACUUGGCGAAGGAGGAAGGCGCAGUUGGCAGCUCUGAAACCCGUGGUUCCGUUGCUUCCUUUUUCACGGACUCUGGAACAUCUGGAGCGUCUGUGGACUUUGACUCGUCCUCCGAGAAGAGUUUUCACUCUGCCUCUGAAGACUAGCUUGGGAGCGAUGGCCUUAGGCAGCGAAAUCUCCAUCUUCGAGACAUCUUUGUGUUCUUCUGGCACUUUUCCAAACAAUCUUUAGGACAGCGCUUCUCCACCUUGGCCACUUGAAGGUGGACGGACUUCAACUCCCAGA